AUGGCCUUAGUUCCGAGCUUCUUCACCGGCCAUCGGACCAACAUCUUCGACCCGUUCUCCCUCGACCUGUGGGACCCGCUAGAGGGCUUCACCUUCCCGACCGCCGCUGCCUCCUCCUCCUCCUCCACCGGCCGGGAGACGUCCGCCGUGGCCCACACGCGCGUCGACUGGAAGGAGACGGCGGACUCCCACGUCUUCAAGGCAGACCUGCCGGGGCUGAGGAAGGAGGAAGUGCGGGUGGAGGUGGAGGAGGGCGGCCGAGUGCUGGCCAUCAGCG